AUGUCACCAACUUCUCAAAUUAUUAAUAAAGAAAGAGAAGGUUCUACACUUCGUUCUAGAGUUACAAAAAAUACUAAUAUUGAUGAUGGUAAAAAACUUCCUGAACAAGUUGAAAGAAGAAAUGAACGUGAAAGAAAACGUGUACGUCAAGUUAAUCUUGGUUUUGUUCGCCUUGGUGAACAUGUCCCUAAAUGGAGAACAAAAAAUAAGAAACUUUCAAAAGUAGAGACACUUCGUGAGGCAGCCAGAUACAUUAAAUAUCUUGAAACAUUAUUAAAAAGUAAUGAAAAUUCUACAAAUAAAGAUAUACAAUCAUGUAUAGAUGAAAAUUCAUUAACAUACUCUUCAUUAUCAAUAUCAUCAGACAAUGAAUAUGUCAUACAAUCAAAUUCUAACAAUGAGCAACUUCAACAGUCAUGUUUUAUAAAUUAUUAUGAUCAUCAACAUUCUACAAAUGUAUCACCAACAUACUCCUCUUCAACACCAUCACCUUAUUAUGGAGGUUAUACAACAAUAAAUAAUCAACAAAGUAAUAGUAUAACUGGAAUGUAUCCAACAUACAUUCAACAAAAUUCAUCAAAUUACUAUUAA